CUUUUGUAACUUGUUAAAAGUCAAAAGGGUGAAAAGGCCGGCGCCCAAAACUUUUUUUUAGGGCUCCUCGUUCCAAGCGAUGGCGGCGACGGCAAUGGCCACGCUAGCGGCGGCGGCGGGGGCAUCGCCCCAGCUGCGCUUCAUGAGCGCCGCGCAGCUACUGGCGCUGCGCGGAUCGCCGGAAGUAGCGAUCAUCGAUGUCCGGGACGAGGAUGAGCGAGCCUACGAUGGCCACAUAGCUGGCUCCCUCCACUGCGAGAGUCACAGUUUCCAAGACGAUAUGCCGCGACUGCUGCAAGAUUUGAGCCGCCACAAGACGGUCGUUUUCCACUGCGCAUUGAGCCAGGUUCGCGGACCAAAGUGUGCCAAGGCUUUCCUCCACUCGAUUUCCAGCAGUGGUGGCGGUCCCGAAGUUUUCGUGCUGGAGAGAGGAUUCAAUGGCUGGGCUCAAUACGGCCACCCGCAGUGCUCCUGCAAGGAGUUGAAGAGAUGCAUCGCUUUGCUCGAGUGACAAAAACAAAUCUAGGCCACCACCAACUUAAAAAACACUCACAGGUGACUUUGAAACUUUACUUCCUCGGGACUAUUACUCUUUCGUAGAUGAUCUUCGAUCGGAUCGAGAAGCCAAAAAAGCAAAACAGGAUGGAGGCCAAGGGGGAGGGAUCGCUCGAUUGAAUCUAUGGCUCGUCAAAUCAGCAAAACCUGUAAUCAUGUGGAGCAAAAGUUUAGUUUUGGCAAUGCUAUGAUGCAAAUCCUUUGGCA